GUUAAAUUUAAAAUUGUUUGAUUGGAUUGAAUUAUUAUGUAUUCAUCACUGAAAAGUUCUGUGGGAUAUUGUAAAUAAUACAUUAAGGAUAAUUGUUUUAGUACUUUUGCGAUUGUCAAGUUGUAUCUUGUGCAAAUUAAAUUUUCUAAUUGCGCCCUAACGAUGAGUUUUUAAUGAUUUUAAUGGUGCCCACAUAGGAAAAACUGAAGUUAUUAUUUUCCAAGUAGUCAUGGGCGAUCUCCUUAAAGCAGUUACUUCAGAUUUUGAGUUUAUUGCGACAAAGACUGAAUUUGCAUUCAAGAAAUACAGUGAGUCAGUGGAUUGGGAAAAAUUAGGUAAAUUUAUAUCUUAAGGUCUGUGAUAAUUUUAAUUAAUUAUUAAAUACCUAACAAUCGACAAACAGGGAAUGAAAAAUGUUCUACUUAUAUAAAUCUACGUAGAUACUUAAACCUUAUUCAACAUACUUAUUAAAAAUGUAAUUGUAGAGCAAAUUUCCAUCGAUGAUAUAAUCUCAAAAACUGAUGUACAGAGUUUGUCAACCCUUGUAUCUAGUAUCCUCAGUUACAAUGUUGAGAAAAUGAGUGUAACUAAGAAAAUAUUCCGUCUUUCACAGUUGAUUAUUGAAUUUUUAUUGCAUUGUAAAAACCAUCCAACUUUAUUGAUUAAUGGCAAAGUAUGUUUUAUGUAUAUUAUGCAAUUUAUUUGAUCUGUAUUUUAAUGGACAAUUUAAUACAUAUAUUAAUAUUUUUAUUUAGGUAAAGUGUGCAGCCCUAUGUGAGUAUUGUGGGAAAAUGUUUUUGGACAAAAAUUAUUUGAAAUAUCAUUGUUUUCGACGACAUGGGCUAAACUCGUGCACAAAUUUAAACUCAUUUGAAAAUGAACAUUAUGUUGAAAGUUUAAAGACAGAAAUUACUCAACUUCAAAAUAAUUUAGAAGACAUGCGCAAAACUAUUCAGAAUAAAUCACAAGUAAAAUUAAAUUUAAAAAUUUAAAUUAUUUUUUUGUGUUCACUUAAAAUUAACUUUAAUGUUUUUAGGAUUUUGAAAUUUACCAAGAAGUGAAUGACUGUAAAAUUAAUUGUAAUGUAGCUCAUAAAAAUAAAUUAUUAUAUCAUGUGAGUUAAUCUUUGUAUUAUUUGAAAUUUGUUGGUAUAAUUUAAUUUUCAUUUCUUAGUUAAUAUCUCAAUCAGGCGAUAACCCUAUGCAGAUACAAGAAAUGUGUUGGAAACAAAAGUAUAAUAGCCUAGAAAAAAAAUACAAAAUACUUCAAAAUGAAUAUCAAACAGAACAGAAUACCACCAAAACUGAACCUGGUAAAUUUCUAUUUUAGAUUCUAAGCACAAUGAGGAACGUAUUGGUUCUAUAAUGUGUGAUUUUUAUAAUUAUUAUUAGAUUCUGAGAUUACUGAGAAACGUAUUAGUUUUACUUUAAUAUGUGCUAUUUUGUUUUGUUUUUUUGUUUAUAUAAAUAACACUUUUCUAGCAGAAAAAUAGCUUCAAUUAAAAAAUUGUUAAGAGAGCUUUUUUGUAGCAUUUUAAUCUUAUGAUGCAUUUAUGAGGUAAUUUUUAAUUCUUUUUGUAGUUUUCAUUAUACAUGGGAAAAAAAACAGGAAAGUGUACAGCCAUAACACUAUCAUUAUUUUUUAUUUGAUUUUUUUUAGUAAAACAGUUAAAAAUAUUGUAUAGAUCUGCAAUUUUUACAUAAAUCUUAAACUAACUCUUUCUAAAUAUAAAUGUUGAAAACAUCUUACCAAUUUUUAUGCUAUUUAUAUAACAUUUUCUGAUUUUUUUUUAGAUAUUUGGAUUAAAUUGUUUUGGUUUCAUAGAUAUGAUCUAAUAUUUUUUAUGAAUUUUGUAAAACUGAAAAAAAAAAUAGCAAACUAUGUCUACUAUGUUUCCACAGACAGACAUUUUCAGUAUUCAUAUUUAAAAAUUUAAAACACAUUUGAUUUGUUUUUAUUAAAUCUUAUUAGCUUUUUAUUCUUUGUCUAUGUUUUAAAAUUGUUCAACUUCUGUCAAGUACUUUGUACUUAUUUAUUACGUAUUAUAAGCAUCUUUAUUUCUUUGUAAAUUGCCCAGCUUAUAAAAUUAAAAUUAUUUUAUGAAAGUACAAAAAAAAUUCCCUUUGUGAAAACAUAGUAAAUUUUGUCGCCUUUAAUUUGGCAAAAUAACUUUUGUUUUAAGUCUAUAAGAUCCCCGGGCUAUUGCAGAUACUUCAAAAACAUUUUUUGAUGCAUUACCCGACAGAGUUUAUUAUUAAUAUAUUGAUCAAAUUAUUUUUAAUCCAUUUAAUAAGUUUAUUACACUGGUAUUUACCAUUUAAUAUUUUUAUUACCUACAUAUUAUGGCCAUAAUAAAUAUGAAUGCACAGGAAGCGUGAUAAAAAAAAAUAAUAUUUAACACAUAAUCACAUUUCAAAAAAAAAAAACUGAAUACUGAUUAAAUUCUUCUGUUCAUAUCUUUAAAUUUAAUUUUAAUAAUAUAUAUUAUGUAAAAUAACAAUAAUUUGUAUGAAAUAUAAUAUAUGAUACUACUUUCUCUCACAUUUAAUAAUAUAAUAUUCUAUGAAUGCAUCAUCCAUAUUUUUCAUUAAAUAAAAAGCUCAAUAAUGAUUUGUACAAACCUAAAAUUCCAGACCCAAAUAUUUUACCUAUUAGUUAUCAGGUUUUGUUAUUAAUAAUAAUUUUUGAACAAUUUAACUUGGUUACUAUUUAUUGAUUAGUUGGAUUGCAUUUUAAUUGUUAAAAAAAUAAAAUAAUUUAAUACAUAUACAGUUGUUUAUGUACUAUUUGUUUGUAUAUUUAUUAGUAUCUAAAAUUAUGUAUUAUUUAUGUUUUGAAUCAAUUUUUAUUUUAUUUUUACUGCUUUAAUUAUUUUAGUAUGCUAAUUAAAUAAUUAUAAGUAUCUAGAAUUUAAACACUUAUAAUAAAGUAUCUUGCUCAUCCCUGAGUAUAAUAUUUUAUAUUUGUGUUUGUUUAUAUUUAUAUAAUAUGAUAGUUAUAAUAAUAUAAAUAUCUUUAUCAUAUUAUAACUGAUUUUAACAUUUCUCAACCAACCAAAUUCUGAUAUUAACAAUAUAAAUAUUGUUACAGUUUUACAUCAUAAAUAUCAACAGUGCGAUUUGUAUAUGGAUCAGGAGUCUUUAAACCACUUACAGACAGUGACUGUUAUUGAAAAAAUGAUUCCUAUGUGCUCUUCUAAACUAUCAUUGCAAAAGUCUGAUGUAAUAAGUGAGAAUGAAGUUCGCUGUAUGGAUAUUGCAGAUGCAGGGAAAACAAAAGCCGAAUGUCAUCGGUGGAAAAGCGAUAAAAGUUUAGACAAAGAUUAUUCUGAACUAAUACAACUAAGGCAAGAAGCCUCUAUGAAUAUUAUUGUAAAUGAGACCGAUGGAGAUUACGAGUAUUCUGAAACUUUAUUGCAUUCUGAUAAUGUAAAUCAAAUACACAUUGUAUUGACACUCAGGCAAAUCAAGGCUGAUGAAUUAUUAAGAAACAACUAUUUAAUAGAUUUAAUCAAAUAUGAUGUUAAAGAAUUAGUUCAUAAAAGAUUGCUAGAGUUUUAUAACUCUGCUACUGAGAUUGAUGAGCAUGGUGCAAUUUUACAUGAACAAGUGGUAAUAAUAAUUUUUUCUUUUUAGUUCUUAAAUCCUAGAAUUGAUCUAUAAAAAAAUAUGAUUUUUUUAGUUUUUAAUAGAAAGUAACUGGUUUUUUUUUUUAAAUGUUUGGCUUAUGUAUUUAUAAUAAUUAAUGUAUUAAUAACAAUAUUAUCUAACAUCUAUUGAUGUUUGUUUUACUUUUAUCACAUUAAUUGGAUUUCUCUUUUAGUAAAACUUAUUGUUUGUAACUUUCUCAAUUACCACAUUUUCAGGAUCUUUUCAUUUUUAUUAACUAUCAAAGUUUUAAAUCAAUAAAAAGCUAGACUCCAGAAAUACAUUUCAAUUUAUUUCAUUUUGGUGACUAAGUACAUUUUUUCCUACUGUCAGUAGUUUCUUUUUUGUGAAAGUAAACUUAGCUUAUUAUGCUGUUCAUUUUUAGAUUUAGAGCAGCAUGGCAUGGUAUCUUGCCAUGCUCUUAGUUUUAAUAUGAUGUAUGUUGUAUAAUUUUUUUUUGUGUAUGUCUGAGCAACUUUUCUGUCAGAAAUUUCACUCCAAUGUACUAAGUGUAACUCUAUUUUUGAAAUGAAAUUUUAUCUAAUUAGUGCAUUGAGGAGGUCAGCAGUUUAUAGUAUUUUUUUUAUAACUGUUUCAAAUUCAAACAUUCAAAUUUUAUAGAAAAUAUAUUUUAAUUAAAAUACAAAAAUAUGUACUAUACCAUGUAUUCCACUUGAAACAAAUAGUAGAAGUAGGAACCCUAAAACUUCUGAAAAAUUAGUUGUGUAUUUUAUUUCUUCCUGCCCAAUUAAAAAUCUGCAUCUAUAUAGAAAUAACUAUUUAAACAAAUCUCCAUCCACCAUUGUUGAUAAUUAUUAUCUAUUUUACCAUAUAAACAACUGCUUAUAAUAAAUUAUUAGUGCAACACUGAUUUAAACUUUAAAUUUUAUUUUGCCUUUAAUGUGAUACCACAAAAUAUUUUUGUCUAAACUACUUUUCGGAUCAAAUAUGGUUCUGACAAAAUAUUUUUUGAAUUCAAUAAGUUUCUAACAAUAUAUUUUUGGCCAAAAUACUGGUUUGAUGAAAUAUUUUUGGACAUUACACACUAAAGCUUUUGUGUUUGCUGCGUUUAUUUUUUGAUUAUAAUUGUUAGUGCUGCUUGUAGGUUUUUUUUCAAGACUAAUCUGCAAAAACUACCAUUGAGUACAAGACCCCCUAUUUUCACUCUUAAUCCUUCUUGAUUUAGUCAAGGUUUUAUGUUAUUUAUGGCUUACUCAAAGUCUAAGUGCAUAGUACGUAAAGGGAGAGCAUAUCUUGUAUAUAAACAAUAUAUAUAUAUAUAUAUAUAUAUAUAUCUUUGGACUUUGGCAGUUGUUGUCAAGUUAAUAUUUAUUUAUUGAUUAUAGCUCUCUGGUUUUCAUAUAUUUUAAAUAAAAUCUAUUUUUCUAAGUAAUUUUCUAGCUUUUUUUUUACUAGGUAAAAUUCUCCAAUCUAAAAUAGCUUCUCUAGCUUGUUCUUUCAAAAUGUAUACUAAUUAUUCAUAAUCCUAAAUUCUAUUUUUCUACUGAUCCUUUUGUUUAUAAUUAUUUUUUGGUAACAUGGUAGUAUUAAAUAUCAAGUUUGAAAUUCUGAAAUUAUUGCACUGAUUUGCUUGAGGUCUCUCGAGCAAUAUUUAUUAAUUAUAAAGAUUACAAAUUAAAUAUGUAUUUUGUUUGUAGAAUUUAUGUAAACCUCGAGAAUCAUUCAAAGUUUCUGAUUGUGGAGAUAUUAAGAUAGAAAAACAUAAAUCUCCAAAAAUUAAUUGUAAGCCUAUAGAGCAUAAAAAAAAGAAUACUUUAAUGUCAAAAUUUAAGAAAAAAUUCCACAUAGGCAAAGUUUCUUCUCCAGGUAUAGUAUUUAAUUUUAGUAAUCAUACAAAUAUUAAUAUAUAUUUAGAUGAUAUUAUUUAAUUCUGUUAGAUUUAAAAAACGAAAAAACAGAAAAAAAGCCAUCAAUUAUACAAAACCUGGGACUUUCUCAUUCAAGUGAUAUUUCUGAUAAUAAUGAUUUAUGUAGAUAGUGAUAAGUUAUAAUUUUCAAUUUCCUACUGAUUUAUGUUUAUUAAAUAAACUAUUUUUAC